GCUUCUAUUCCCGGAGACACCGCCUCCAUUUUACCCCGACACCCGGAGCAGCAGCACCGACACCCGGCGGAGUGACACGAACCGAACUACUGACCCGGCGGAGGGACUCGUUCUGCGGCGAACCCAACGGCUGGUGCGCGAGACUCCAGUUUUCCCGGGCCUGAAUCCCGUUGAUGGCGCCUCUGCGGCAACACGGAGGAUUUGUGAGGUUUUAACGGUUUUUCUGCGGGGAAAACAGCUCGGUUUAACGGCAGGACGAAGAGGAGGAGGUGGCUAGCAGGUUCCCUGCCAGGAUGCUGCACUGAGCAUGCUCAGAGCGCUGAUCGUUGCCAUGGUGAUGUACGGAGGGGGGGGGCAGGCGUGCACCGGGGAGAACUGCUCCGCUAACAGCGAGUCCAAAGAUUACUGCUAUUCUGCCCGGAUACGCAGCACCGUGCUGCAGGGGCUGCCCUUUGGGGGGGUGCCCACUGUGCUGGCUCUGGAUUUCAUGUGCUUCCUGGUGCUGCUCUUCGUCUUCUCCAUCCUGAGGAAGGUAGCGUGGGAUUAUGGCCGCCUGGCGCUGGUCACUGACGCCGACAGACUGAAGCAGCGUUUCAGCGAGGACGAGCGGGAAUACGUUGCCUCUGCGAUGCACUCGGAGACUCCGGACCGAUACGAGCGACUCACCUCCGUCUCCAGCUCCGUGGACUUCGACCAGAGGGACAAUGGUUUCUGCUCCUGGCUGACGGCCAUCUUCAGAAUAAAGGAUGAGGAGAUCAGAGAGAAGUGUGGAGAGGAUGCAGUUCACUACCUCUCGUUCCAGAGGCACAUCAUUGGGCUGCUGGUGGUGGUGGGGGUCCUCUCAGUGGGCAUCGUGCUGCCUGUCAACUUCUCUGGAGACCUGCUGGAAAACAACGCGUACAGCUUCGGACGCACGACCAUCGCCAACCUGAAGUCUGGGACCAACCUGCUGUGGCUGCACACCUCCUUCGCCUUCAUGUACCUGCUGCUGACCGUCUACAGCAUGAGGAGACACACCUCCAAGAUGCACUACAAGGAGGACGACCUGGUGAAGCGCACUUUGUUCAUUAACGGCAUCUCUAAAUACGCCGAGGAGAGUCAGAUCAAGCAGCACUUUGAACAGGCGUAUGAGAACUGCAAAGUGCUGGAAGCGAGGAUCUGCUACAACGUGGCCAAGCUGAUGGCUCUGAACGCAGAGAGGAAGAAGACGGAGCGCAGUAAGAAGUUCUUCACCGACCUGAUGGUGAAGGAGCACGUUCCCACCAUGAUCAACCCCAAGCCCUGCGGACAUCUGUGCUGCUGCGCCAUCACCGGCUGCGAGGAGGAGGAGGCGGUGAGUUACUACACCAAGACGGAGUCCAAGCUGAAGGAGGAGUACAGGAAGGAGAAGGAGAUUGUCAACACCAAGCCUCUGGGCAUGGCCUUCGUCACCUUCCAGAACGAGGCCAUGACCGCAGUUAUUCUGAAGGACUUCAACGCGUGUCAGGUGCAGGGCUGUCGCUGUCGUCAGGAGCCAGGAUCCUCUCAGUUCAGCGAGGCGCUCCACGUUCACAACUGGAGCGUUUCCUACGCACCCGACCCGCAGAACGUCCGCUGGGAGCACCUGUCUCUGGGCGGGAUCUCCUGGUGGAUCCGCUGCUUCAUCAUCAACGUCAUCCUCUUCCUGCUGCUCUUCUUCCUCACCACGCCCGCCAUCAUCAUCUCCACCAUGGACAAGUUCAACGUCACCAAGCCUGUCGAGUAUCUCAACAAUCCCAUCGUCACCCAGUUCUUCCCCACCCUGCUGCUGUGGGCCUUCUCCGCCCUGCUGCCCACCAUCGUCUACUAUUCCGCCUUCUUCGAGGCUCACUGGACCCGGUCUGGAGAGAACAGGACGACGAUGCACAAAUGUUACACCUUCCUGAUCUUCAUGGUUCUGCUGCUGCCGUCUCUGGGACUCAGCAGCCUGGACGUUUUCUUCCGCUGGCUCUUUGAUAAGAAGUUCCUAGAUGAUGCCAAAGUCAGAUUUGAGUGCGUCUUUCUGCCGGAUAACGGAGCGUUCUUCGUCAACUACGUCAUCGCCUCUGCGUUCAUCGGUAACGCCAUGGACCUGCUGAGGAUCCCCGGCUUACUCAUGUACAUGAUCCGCCUCUGCCUCGCCCGCUCCGCCGCCGACCGCCGCAACGUCAAGAGGCAUCAGGCCUACGAGUUUCAGUUCGGAGCGGCGUACGCCUGGAUGAUGAACGUCUUCACGGUGGUGAUGGCCUACAGCAUCACCUGCCCCAUCAUCGUGCCCUUCGGUCUGAUGUACAUGCUGCUGAAACACCUGGUGGACAGGUACAACAUGUACUACGCCUACCUGCCCUCCAAACUGGACAAGAAAAUCCACUCUGCAGCCGUCACUCAGGUGGUGGCCGCCCCCAUCCUCUGCCUCUUCUGGCUGCUCUUCUUCUCCACCGUGCGUACAGGUUUCGAGACGCCCACCUCCAUGUUCACUCUGGUGGUGCUGAUCGUCACCAUCGUGGUCUGUCUGUCUCACGUCUGCUUCGGACACUUCAAGUACCUCAGCGCUCACAACUACAAGACCGACACUAAGGAGAACGAUGUGGACGUCGUGGAGAACGGACGUCCAGCUCGCCCCUCGUCCUCGCCCACCAUCAAAGCUCAGCGGCAGCAGCAGACGCAGCAGCAGAUCCACAUGCAGCAGCAGAUGUACAUCGCUCAGGUUCUGCAGGAGGGCGGCAGCAACACGGAGGAGGACCGAGGCUCGGCGCAGGACGAGGACUUGUUGAACGGCGGGAACAGCAUCAACGAGGCGGAUUUUCAGUCAGGGGAGGACAGUCUGAUAGCAAACGAGGUCCACCAGUAGCUGGGGGUGGAGCCAGGGGGAGGGGGCGGAGCUAAACAACACAACAGUUAGAUAACUACACACAUAGACACACUUACAGAUAGACUGACACGGUUAGCUCCACCCCCUCCCAGCUCGAAGACUUGACCCUGACCUGGAAACCUGCAGGACCCGGCUCCACUGGAAACCUGCAGGACCCGGCUCUCCACUGGAAACCUGCAGGACCCGGCUCUCCACUGGAAACCUGCAGGACCCGGCUCUCCACUGGAAACCUGCAGGACCCGGCUCUCCACUGGAAACCUGCAGGACCCGGCUCUCCACUGGAAACCUGCAGGACCCGGCUCCCACAGGAACUCACUGUACAUAACCACCAAGCCAAAACUUUUGAGUUUUUACUUUAGUUCUCGGAGUGGGGGGCGGGGUUUAACAAUUCGUGCCUGGGCUGGAUUUUGUUCGUUCGCACUUGUGUCUUGACUCCUGAUCCCACCGCAGGUUACCGGUUCGAUGCUGAGGCUGUCUCCCCCCCCCCCCCCCCGGUGGACGCUUCCAGAACAACGCCCCGUUACACCGCCCUCCUCUACAUCGGAGUGCUCAAUAAGUCGCCAACCGCCAGCUCUCGCAGUGGUAGAAGCUUACGCAGACGCUGUCUCCCUCUCCCUCUAACCCACACCCCUCUCCCUCUAACCCACACCCCUCUCCCUCUAACCCACACCCCUCU